UUUUCUCGGCCGACGCGAAAUACGCAAAGCAAAAGGAGAGCAAAACACGUGGUGAUUCACGUAUCUUCUUACUUCUUUCCUCGAAGCCGAAACGCCGAAUUUCUCUGCCAAACAGCACCGACAUCCUGUAAAGGUCAAGAUGACGGAAACAGAAGCUGCAGCUGAAAGCCAGAAUGGAAACGAGACCAAAACCGACGACACCUCGCCCGAAAACCUGAACAAAGUCGAGCGCCAGAUGAACUACUACUUCGGCGACUACAACUAUCCGAGGGACAAGUUCUUGCAGCAACAGGCGCAGCUGGACGACGGCUGGAUUCCUCUCGAGGUGAUGCUGAAGUGCGCCCGGCUGAAGGCGCUCACCGAAAAUGCGUCCACGGUAUUGCUCGCCAUCGCCCAGUCCAAGGAAGGCCUGCUCGAGGUGUCCGAGGACAAAAAGAAGAUUCGCCGGGCCCAGCCCGCCCCCGACGUCAACGAGGAGGCCCAGCUGGCCACACAAAGCCGAACUGCUUAUUGCAAGGGAUUUCCGCUGGAUGAGAAGCUUGACAAUUUGCUCGAGUAUUUCAAGCAGUUUGGAGACUGCGAAACUGUGCUGAUGAGACAUUACAGGGACAAGGAGGCAAAGACAAUGAAGUUCAAAGGCUCAGUAUUUGUAGUUUUCAAAACUGAUGAGCUUGCCAAGAAGUUCAUGGAACUUGAGAGUGUCAAGUUCAACGAAACUGAACUCAUCCGAAAGUGGCAAGUAGACUAUUUUGAAGAAAAGAAAAAAGAGAGGAUGGAGAAAAUAGAAAGCAAGAAAAGCAAACCAAACAAACCUGUUGAGCGCGAAUUCAAAGAGGAGAGUGGCAACAUAUCCCUACCCAAAAACAGUGUGCUGAAAAUCAAGGACAUUCCUGGAGAUGUGACAAGAGAAGACAUUAAAUCUGCCCUCACACUUGCUUGUCCUGAUGUGAAAAUAGCUUUUAUUGAAUUUGACAAAGGCAACCCUGAAGCAUUCAUCAGGCUUGCUGACGAAGGUUCGUCACCAAAGGCUAUUGAAGCUCUAGGAGAGGGAGGCAAGUUGGUUGUGUGCGGAGUCGAGUUGGUGGUCGAAGCUUUGUCGGAAGAAGACGAGAAACCAGUUCUCGAGAAGGCAGAAAAGUUCCUCAACUCGAGGCGCAUGUUUGGUUCAAAGGGCAGAGGUGGCUUCAAGAAAGGAAAGCGCAGAGGACGAGGUGGAUUCCAUGGUGGCAAGAGGGCUAGGAAUGACUAGAGUUUAGUUCCAAAUUUUAAGCUGUCCUCUCAAUGUGUAUCCUGUCGUGGAGAAAAUUAGUUGUAAUGAAUGAUCUAUAUAAGAAUAAAGUUAAACAAUAUUUCUUUUCUAAAUGCG